AUGCAGAUUCAACAGCAUGCAGUCUUCAAGUGUUCACCAUUCUACCUGUUGUAUGGAUUGCAUCCGCGCAUCCCGGAGAAUGCUUCGGAAAAGGUGAGAAAGAGAGCAGUUGCGGACGCAGCAGGAACAGCAGUUGCAGAUGCAGCAGGAACAGCAGUUGCAGAUGCAGCAGUCGCGGACACAGAACCAAGAUUGAAAGAGAUCAGCCACACACGCGCAAAAGCUAACAAGUUACUCCUGAACUGA